GGUAAAUGCAAUAAUGAUGGAAAUACAAAUUACGCCGAUGACGUGAAAAUAACAAUCACAGCUACAACACCAGCAGUCACUACGUCUUCUCAAUACCUAUCGUGCGCAUUUUUCGGACAUAUCACUUCAGAUAAAGUGAAGGUUACAAGGUUGCUUGGUAAUUGUAUUAAUAUAACGAAAGUUAAAUCAUUAAGAAGCUGCUCGUAAGUCUUAGUGACAAUUCGACGCUCAACAAAGAAACAUUAAUUGAGACUACAAGAGCUACGUUGUUCCAAUAUGAAGUCGGCAUUAUUCUGCAUCUUUACUACCUUUUCGAUUUGUUUAGGAGCUGUGCCUGAUAACGAAGGUGAUGUAGUAAUCGUAAACCGUCGAGAAUGGGGUGCUAUUCGUCCUAAGCAUCCGCCAACAGAACUGGAAACAUUACCACCCAACUACGUGAUCAUUACCCAUACAGCUUCGGGAAUCUGUACGACCAAAGAUAUAUGCGUUUUUCAUGUACGUAAUAUCCAGGAAAUUCACACUAAGCAAUAUGGCUGGAACGACAUUGGUUAUAAUUUCCUCGUCGGCGGCGAUGGUAAUGUUUACGAAGGUCGUGGUUGGGAUAUCGAAGGAGCACAUACCAAAGCUUAUAAUAAGAAAAGUUUAGGCAUUGCUUUUAUCGGCGAUUUCACCUACAAGAGUCCGAGCCAAGUACAAAUCGAUGCUGCUAAAAGAUUUUUGGAGUUUGGUUUUAAACAGAAUAAAUUGGCAAAGGGUUAUAAGUUAUUGGGAUCAAGACAGGUUUCCAACACUAGGAGUCCUGGUAACAAACUUUAUGAAAUCAUUCAGUCCUGGGAGCACUGGUCCGAAAAUCCAUAAAAAUUCUUAAUUUAAUUUGACAACUACGUACAUUUUCUUUUGUAAACUUGUAAACAUAAAACUCCACAAUAUUAUGCAUAUCUAUUCCAUUAUUGUACGCCUGAUAAAAGACAAUAAAUAUUAUA